GAGGAAGUACGACCAGCAGGAGCUACCGUCAGGAAAGUUAGCCAGCACACUGCUUUCUAUUUCCACCUUUAAAACGGCGACUCUAACUUAUUCUAACUGAAUGGCUAUAUGGAUGCAUCUUCAUUGCAAGUAGUUAGUGUAACGUACGGGCUAGCGUUAGUAAACUCAGUGCAGUAGCUGUAAGUUGUCUCAAAGUAGAGACAUGCUAGGCUAGCAUAUGUCAACAUCCCAGGGCAGUUGGACCUGCUAGGAGUUUGAGUUGUUGAGGAGAGCCUGCUCAGCUGUUUCAUUAUGAAGACCAAUAAGUCGUACAAGCUUGUGCUGCACAAGAAAGGUUUUGGUGGAAGUGAUGAUGAGUUGGUUGUCAACCCAAAAGUUUUCCCUCAAGUCAGUCUGAGGGAUAUAAUCGAGAUCGCACACCCCACAGAUGAAUACAGUCCUCUCCUGCUGCAAGUGAAGAGCCUAAAAGAGGACCUUCAGAAAGAGACGAUCAGUGUGGACCAGACUGUAGCUCAAGCCUUCAAGUUGCGUGCCUACCAGGAUGUCAUUGUCAACAUUGUCGACCCAAAGGAUGUAACACUUGACCUGGUGGAGCUGACCUUCAAGGAUCAGUACAUCGGCAGAGGGGACAUGUGGAGACUAAAGAAAAGUCUGGUGAGCACCUGUGCUUAUGUGACACAGAAAGUGGAGUUUGCAGGAAUCAGGGCCCAGGCCAGUGAAUUGUGGGUGAAAGGAGAGAAAGUGACCUGUGGGUACAUCAGUGAAGACACCAGGGUAGUGUUCAGAUCCACAUCUGCAAUGGUGUACAUCUUUAUCCAGAUGAGUUGUGAGAUGUGGGACUUUGACAUCUAUGGGGAUCUCUACUUUGAGAAGGCUGUAAAUGGUUUCCUGUCUGACCUUUUCGCCAAGUGGAAGGAGAAGAACUGCAGUCAUGAAGUGACAGUUGUACUUUUCUCACGUACAUUCUACAAUGCCAAAUCUAUCGAUGAAUUUCCUGAGAUUCUGAGAGGGUCCAUCAGACAGGAUCACGAGGGACGUUUUUAUGAAGACUUUUACAGGGUUGUUGCUCAGAAUGAGAGACGGGAUGAGUGGACAUCACUACUGGUCACUAUCAAGAAGCUCUUCAUUCAGUAUCCUGUCCUGGUGCGGCUCAAGGAAGCAGAUGGUUUUCCUGUUGGUAACAACUCAACUGCUGCUCAAGGAAACUACCUGGAGGCCAUUAACCUUUCCUUCAAUGUGUUUGACAAACACUACAUCAACCGAAACUUUGACCGCACAGGCCAGAUGUCAGUGGUCAUCACACCCGGGGUGGGAGUGUUUGAAGUUGACCGUCUGCUUAUGAUUCUCACUAAACAGCGUAUGAUUGACAACGGUAUUGGGGUAGACUUGGUGUGUAUGGGGGAGCAGCCACUGCAUGCAGUACCAUUAUUUAAGUUGCACAACAGGGCAACACCUGGAGACUCUCGUGUUGGAGACGACUAUAACCUUCCUCACUGGAUCAACCACAGCUUCUACACCUCCAAAAGUCAGAACUCAUGUAGCUCCUUCACCCCUCGAAUCAAACUGGCUGGUCGCAAGCUUCAUGCUGAGAAAUUUAAGAGCAGCAAGGACCACACUCUCUGUGCUCCAAAAGACUCUGAAAACAGCCUACCAAUUCAGGUGGACUACGACGCCUAUGAUGCUCAGGUGUUCAGACUGCCUGGUCCUUCACGAAUUCAGAGGAGUACCAACUUCAGGAUGGGUCGAGACAAAGAGACGAGUGGGAGGAAGAGCUGGGGCUCAGUGGACGUCAGUGCAGGCAUAGGCGCGUCCCCUCCUAUUCGCUCUGGAGGUCCGGACGAACAGCGUAGCCUGGCCUCUGAUGAUAGUCUGGGCCCUGUGUCCAAUAUGCUGCUUAUACCUCGCAUGCCUCCUGCCCAGUAUGAAGUCAGCAGCUCCCUGGGAUACACCAGCACCAGAGAGUUGUUGGAGAAGAUGAUGGACUCUCAGCGGGACUCCAGUGCCCCGGGCAGGUUCACAGUGGGAAGUGCUGAAUCCACCCUGCACAUCCGUCCAGGAGGUUACACCCCACAGAGAGCACUCAUAAACCCCUUCACCCCAUCCAGGAUGCCCAUGAAGCUCACUUCCAACCGACGGCGGUGGAUGCACACCUUUCCUGUUGGUCCUUCUGGAGAAGCAAUCCAGAUCCAUCACCAGACCAGACAGAACAUGGCUGAACUGCAGGGCAGCCAGCAGAGAGAUCCUGCACACACCUCCGCUGAGCUGCUGGAGCUGGCCUAUCAUGAGGCCACCGGAAGGCGAACUACCUCCAGACAUGCAGGGGAGAACGGCGUUUGCAUUGGUGGAGGGAUGGAAGAGUUUACAGGGAGUCCAGGGAGCAACUACAGUGGAACUCUAACCAACCGUGGCUCCACAUUUGAAGACCUUUCCCUCAGUGGUUCUGAUCCAAGGCCACAAUCUGCAUGUUUGAUCACUGCUGUUCCACAACUGCAGGCCCCUCAGGAAUCACCAGCAGGGGCGACAAGGCCAGUAAAAGUAACGCUUUCUGUUUUUUCCCCUCUCUUCUACUUUCUUUUUUUUUGUUUGUAUCUUCAUCGUCACUUUCUUUUCCAUCUUUCCAUCUUAAUUCUCCUCCCACCCUCCUUUCUUUACUUAUCACCACACUGUGCUUUCCCUUCCUCUCUAUAUCCAUCCCCUCCCCACCCACACACAUGUACCUCUCCUCUCUGGGUACAUGCAUUUGUCUUUGCUGUGGGGAAUUUUUGUUUGUGUGUGUGUGUGUGUGUGUUUGUGUGUGUGUAUGGUGUGGGUGCUCCUGAAGUCCUGCUGCUGUCUGCACCCCCGACAGUGCCCAGCUUCUGCUGCACAGUGGGGGUAGACUGGAAGUCUCUGACCACACCGGCCUGCCUGCCCCUCACCACCGACUACUUCCCCGACCGCCAGACGCUACAGAAUGACUACACUGAAGGAUGCUAUGACCUGCUGCCACACAGCGACCUGGAGAGGCGAGAAGAUGAAGCUCCGGUGAUGAGUGCGUCUCAGGUGUUUGAGGAGUUUAUCUGUCAGAGGUUGAUGCAAGGCUACCAGAUCAUCGUUCAGCCCAAUAACAGGAAGCCACAGCCCGCUGUGGCCACUCCACUCGGCAGCAGUCCUCUUUACUCCAGAGGUUUGGUGUCACUGCGUCGAGCUGAGGAGGAGGAGACAGUUUACUGGCUCAGUAUGGGCCGGACCUUCCAUAAAGUUUGCCUCAAAGACAAGAUCAUCACUGUCACUCGCUACCUGCCAAAGUACCCGUAUGAGUCGGCACAAAUCCAGUACAGCUACAGUCUGUGUCCUCCACACUCUGAUGCUCAGUUUGUGUCCUGCUGGGUGGAGUUUGGCCAUGAGAGGCUGGAGGAAUACAAGUGGAACUACCUGGACCAGUACAUCUGCUCUGCUGGCUCUGAGGACUUCAGUUUGAUCGACUCUCUGAAGUUCUGGAGGACCCGCUUCCUCCUGCUGCCAGCCGGAGGAGCUCGGCGGGUGGCAGAUGGGGAGGGGCACUGGGAUGUGUAUGGGGAGGGAGCAGGCGCUGGGAUGGGUGGCAGCGGGGACUGGGUCCUGCUGGAUGGCUUCAUCCGCUUCCUGGAGGGUCUCAACCGCAUUCGACGACGCCAUCGUUCCGAUAGGAUCAUCAGGCAGAAGGGCACACCGAUGAAAGGACUGCAGGUCACCAGUCCUCUCCCUCCGUAUCCCACCGAGCCAGUGGUACCCCCACAGGGCAAGAAAGGCACAUCAGCUUUAUCAGCUUUACUUGAGAUGGAGCAGAACCAGAAAACACUGGAAGAACAACAGCAGCAGCAGCAGCAGCAGCAGCAGCAGCAGGCAAAGCCCUCAACAGCCAUCAGUGACCCUGCAAGUGUUGCCACCGCUCCCACAUAUGUAGACAGUCCCCGCAAGGAUGCUGCCUUUAUUUUGGAUUUUAUACGUAGCCCUCGCUCCUCCUACAUCUAUCACUCUCAGUUGCCUGGCGAGGCCAGUGAGGCUGCAGAUAAAGGAGUCCAGCCAGCAGUGACAGCUGGAGCAGCAGCACAGCCUGCAGUAGAGACUGCAGUCAGCAGCAGCACCUCAGACACCAGUGGGCAGUGUGCAGCAGGAGCCCUUUCUCUGUCCUCUUCCUCAACACUCUUGGAGAUCCUGGAGGCCAUCAAACAUCCCACGACAGGCAUACAACUGCUCCCGGAGCAGAAAGGCCUACCGCUCAACUGUUUUAUAAGCGCAGAAGUCGUUCAUUGGCUGGUCAACAAUGUGGAGGGCGUGGCCACACAGGGGAUGGCUGUGGAUGUCAUGCAAAAAAUGCUGGAUGAAGGUUUGGUGGCCCACGCUUCCGGAGAUGCCAUGCGCACCUUCGUCUACGGAUUCUACUUCUACAGGAUAGUAGGAGAGAAGGAUGGCCAGACGUCCCAGCUUCCCACCACGGCAGCUGGAGGCUGGUCUCCUGCAGCUCUGGAGGACUUUGCUCUGUUCCAGAGGAAGUGGUUUGAGGUGGCCUUUGUGCUGGAGGAGCGGAGACCUUGUGACCUCCCAGCGUUCCUCCUGCCUUGGCUGCCCAGCCGGCCAGCCUCCUACGCAAGUAGGCACAGCUCCUUCAGCCGCAGCUUUGGGGGACGCAGCCAGGCCGCGGCACUGCUAGCGGCUACAGUCCCAGAGCAGAAGACCGUCACUUUGGAUGUGGACGUUAACAACCGCAGUGACCGAACCGAGUGGUGCAGCUGUUAUUACCACGGAAACUUCUCCCUUAACUCUGCCUUUGAGAUCAAGCUGCACUGGAUGGCUGUGACUGCUGCAGUGCUCUUUGAGAUGGUUCAAGGGUGGCACCGGAAGGCAGCAUCCUGCGGCUUCUUGCUGGUCCCUGUGCUGGAGGUUCCUUUUGCGCUGACCUCGUACCUGUAUGGAGAUCCACUGAGAGCCCAGCUCUUCAUCCCUCUGAACAUCCACUGUCUGCUGAAGAACAGCAGCGACAACCUUUUUGAAGGUUUUGAACCAGAGACGUACUGGGACAGGAUGCAACUCUUUCAGGAAGCUAUACUCUACAGAUUCGGCUUUGUGCAUGACAAGUUUUCUGCUUCAGCUUUUAAUUUCCCCUCUGAGAAUAAGCCCCAGUACAUCCACGUUACAGGCACCGUGUUCCUGCAGCUGCCAUACUCCAAAAGGAAGUACUCAAGCGGGCAGCAGCGCAGACGCAGAAACUCCACCACCUCCAACAGCCAGGGGCCUUUCGGUGGCGAGGAGCGGGUCGGAUACUACUGGGCCUACAACACCAUGCUGACCAAGGCCUGGAGGACAGGCGUGCUGGGGGACGAGAGGCUCGCCGAUCGGCUGCUCAGGGACUUCACAGACUUCUGUGCCAACAAGGACAACAGACUGCUCAACCUGUGGGACAGCUGCCAGGAGAAAAUGAAUGCCAGUGCUCCCUGACAGGAGAGAUGAGUGCAGGAAAACAAAAUGUAGACAGAAACUGUUUUUACUCUUUAUUUAUCCAGCUACGUGUUGGACUCAGAGUUCCACACUGUUGUUGCUGUUCAGGGGCAAACGGGUGACUUUGACAGGCCUGCUGCUCCAACUGACCCGAUAAGAAUGUUCUCUUUGGAUGUUAACAGUAUUAAAUACUUGGUCUCUGCAUUUUAAAAAUCAUGCCUUAAUGUUGUGUUUCAUUGAUUUUGUUUGUUUACACAAUAUAAAUAAUACCUAUAUUCAUUUUAAACUUUUGUUUUUGGACCAGUGAAACAAGGAACUCUGCCUGUCUGUUAAGCACCAGACAGUUUUAGAAUUCCACUGGUUUUCAUGUCACAUCCACCUGACACCCUCCAACUGUUGAAGUUUUAUGUUGCAUCCAAUAAGCAACCACUUCCUGUCAUCUUCAGUUUAGUCACAAGCAGUGUUAUAAUGGGACAGGACAGAUGUGUAGCUGAAUCAUCUGAGUAGGCUGUUUGUUUUUUAAGUAUCAUCCACAAAACACUGUUCACUUGUCUUGUUAACACAGGCAGGGGGUGUCUGUUCAUCUGUUUUUCUGACCUGAAACCAUUGGCGGCACCAAGAGGCGGCCCCCCUUAAAGAUCUGACUGAGAAGCUGAGGACACCAUCG